CUUGUCAACUCCGUAUGUGCUUCACAAUUUUGAGUAGAGUGGUUAUCAUUCGUAUCCUGUAACUGGGAUCGGCAUAUAUUCUGGAUGCCGGAAACAUCUCCACUUCAGCCUCAAAAUGAUCAUCCUUGUGACUCUCAACCUGGACAUUCAACACUGGCAUGCAUACCUCAUCUCGUCCACAACUUUGGAAAACAGGGUAGAGUUAAUUGCCUAAUAUUUCUCAUAUGAUUGCCUCCUCAUGGUGUGUUGACAACCAUGGCAGCAGAAAUCAGCUCAGAGCGAAAACCCCGCGUAGUGGCCCUCGGAAAACCCGAGUUCAUCAGUGAUGAGUACAUCGAAGACUUCAAGAAGGAUUUUGACUAUGAUGUCCUGGAAGCCAGUAACCUCCACGAAGCCUCAGAGAAGCUCCCUCUCAUGCUCCAGCAACACGGCCCAAUCGACGCCUUCAUCAUCAGAAUGGGCAGAGCUCCUUAUCGGCCUUUCCAGAAGAUUUUCGAACAUCUCACUCCUCACUGCAAGAUCAUUGCCUCGGCAGCAGCCGGCUACGAUGAUUUCAACGUGGACUGGUUGACUCAAGAGGGAAUUUGGCUUGCCAAUAGUGUUGAUGCCGUCGCUGAAGCUACCGCUGAUAUGGCUCUCUUUCUCAUCUUGGCUGUUGUAAGAGAUACAUAUCGGGGUGAGCGUUCAGUGCGUGAGGGGAACUGGAGAGGUCCUGUUGUUCCGAGUCAAGAUCCUUCAGGCAUGACACUCGGAAUCAUAGGUAUGGGUGCUAUUGGAAAGUAUCUUGCCAAGAGAGCCGUGGCUUUCAACAUGCGAAUCAACUACUACAACCGUCGGCAGUUGAGCGCUGAGGAAGAAGAAAAAUACAACGCUACGUACUGCUCAUCUUUGCACGACUUACUCUCCCAGUCGGAUGUCGUCUCGGUCAACUGCCCUUUGAACAAGGAAACAGAAAAUCUCAUCUCAACCAAGGAAUUCGCGGCCAUGAAAGAUGGUGCUUUCAUCGUCAACACAGCACGUGGAGCUAUCAUCGACGAAGAUGCACUCAUCAAAGCUUUAGAGAAUGGCAAGGUUACACGUGCUGGACUGGAUGUCUUUCUAAAUGAGCCUGAUCUGAACGAGUACUUCAAAACAAGUGAUAGAGUCGUUGUUCAGCCUCAUGUUGGUGGCAUGACCGAUUUGGCGUUCCAGAGGGGAGAAAGAGAGGCUUUUGAGAACAUUAAGGUUUUGUUCAAGACUGGAUCUCCCAUUACACCUGUCAAUUUUCCUAAGAAAUAGGAUUUUUUAAGAAGAAAUACUGAAUAUGACAGCCUGACUUGUCAGUUCCUUUGAACGAACACGACAUGAUCGUAAGCAUGAUAUGCAUCUCAUAAACUUUCGGUUAAGAUUGGAGGAGGGAUUACGAUUUUAUUGGCACAUUGUAUUUAGGACGGUCCUUGUUGUCUGGCAAGAUCCUUGGUUUUUGUGCUGAGUUGGAUCGUCUUGGCGGACACACUGGAGGCAUCUUCUUAUGCCCCCUGAAGUCAGGCAAAAGAGUCAUAAUCUAGGUUUUCCUCUUAUCAGCAUUUAUGCUGUAGCAAUUGGUUAGGCAUUAUGGUAUAAUGUCUAAAUAGUGAGCUAGAUGUGUUAUUUGCAGUUGAGACCUGUGGCUGAGAGCUUAUAAUCACCACACAGAACUUA